GGCGUACGACGUACCGCGUAAUUGGCUUCCCCAAAAUAUCUCUACAGUGAUGGCGCCAGUAACUUUCUACAACCCCAAUCGAUUCUACCAAGAUUCUUAAGCACUCCGCUGCCUUCCCAAAUCCCCUGUCACUUCCCUAUAAUCGCCUUCGUUGGGUGGAUCACUCUUUCCCGAAGCGUCUCUUUGCCCCGUGGGCUCUUGCACUUGUUGAUCUUUUGCUGCCGAGGCACGUUGGCAGCCAAGAGUGUUUUUAUUUGCCCCCUUCCCCUUGCUUGUUGCCUUAUCACACGAGGAUUUCAUCAGCAACAAAGCCCCAACUCCUGGAGUCAGGUAGUUUUUUUUUUAUUUGUUAUAACUCUGGUCACUUUCACUCCUCAUUAUACUCAUCGCCUCUCACCGAACGCACUUUGGCUUCGCAAAAAGAAGAAGAAAAUUGUGUUGCUGAAGUCUGUGGAGUAUCGAUUCUUGGCAUGCCCGCCGGGAUUCAGUAUUCAUCCGCCAGUUGAUCUGCGAUUGCCGCUCAACAAAACACUCCUUGUACUUCACACGCUAUUUUUGAGCAAGCAACUCCAAUCUUGAAGCAAAGGCAAAGAAUUGGGCUGUGCCCGUCAACCUAUCGAUCUUCAAUCUACUUUUUGACUGUCCUCACAGCGCAAAAAAUGGCUUCCACCGGCCCUAUCCAUUGGGGGCUCCCAAGCCCUGCCCUGUUCUCAUUUCCUCCGAAGAACGUGCCCGACUACAUCACGCCAAUCUCCGCCCAGUCCCACGGCUCAUCAGCAUUUGUGCCUCCUUUCCACAUUCCCGACCAUGUGUACUCUGCUUGGCUGGAUGCGAAGGUGCCCAUUACGAUUGCAGCCACUUAUGCCAUCACCAUCAAGCUUCUGAAUGCCUACAACAAGUCAAGAAACAAGAGGCCAUGGGCAAUCAGCAAGACCAAAGCCUUCUUUUGGUUUGUUGUGGCGCACAACGUUUUCCUUGCCGUCUACUCGGCUUGGACAUGGUGGGGGACUCUUGGCAUGCUGAGGCGCAGUAUUCUCAGCCCUACAGGGCCAGCGGGCUGGGCCGGGACCGCCGACAGCUUCUGCCGUGUCUUCGGGCCCCCAGGUAUCGGCAAUGGCAUGUACUACAGUGAUGUUGACCACCGUUGGCACAGCCAUGCGCAUGGUGCACCUCUCCCCGCUGGACCUGACCGAACCACCAGCGGCCGUAUGUGGAACGAGGGACUGGCUUUCUACGGGUGGCUGUUCUAUAUCAGCAAGUUCUACGAGGUUAUUGACACCUUGAUCAUCAUUGCCAAGGGCAAGCAGAGCUCUACUCUGCAGACAUACCAUCACGCCGGUGCCAUGAUGUGCAUGUGGGCUGGUAUGCGCUAUAUGGCCGUGCCCAUCUGGACCUUUUUGUUCUUCAAUUCGUUCAUUCACGCUAUGAUGUACACAUACUACACCUUGACUGCAUUCCACAUCAAGGUGCCUGUGUUUAUUAAGCGCUCGUUGACCACCAUGCAAAUUACCCAGUUCGUUGUCGGUGCUUCCUACGCGAUGGUACACUCUUUCGUGUCGUACACCAUCCCGGUCGCAUUGAACGGAAACCCGGUCACUGCAGCACCUGGAGCUGCCGCUACCCCGGCCGGCGCAUCCACGACCAGCGGAGCCAUCAUUGAUAACAUGAAGAACAUGAUUGGCGGCCUUGUGGGCUCCAAGCCUGCCACUGCUGUCGACGCUGCUCCCUCAGGCAUGUACAGGGUUGCUGGUCUUUCGGACACGACUACUUACGGACAGCGCGUUGUGCCCUGCAUUUCGAGCACCGGUGAAACCUUUGCUAUCUGGCUCAACGUGCUGUACUUGGCGCCCCUCACCUAUCUCUUCGUCAUGUUCUUUAUCUCGUCAUACCUGCGCCGAUCCAGCGUGGACGCUGCCCGCUUCAAGAAGGGCACCUCGGCGCGUCGGGAGAGCAACGUGGCUCUUGCCGAGAAGGCGGGCUGGGAGGCUGCCCGCCAAGUCGAGAAAGAGGUCUACGGUGGCGAGGAUGUUCAAGUUCACAUGAACGGCAACGGGAAGGCGAAGAAGUCAAAUGGUGUCGCCGCGAGCCCCAAUGGCAAGGCUCGCUCGAACGGCAAAAGGAGGUAGAAUUCGGCGCUACCUUGAAGUAAAAAAAAAAAAAAAAAUCCGGCCAGAACAUAGUCGGAGAGCUGUUGGAAAGGUUUAUGUUUACCAAUUUGC